GUGGCAGCAAUGCAAAACGGAUGUUGUCGUAAAACACCAAAGAAGAAGAAGUGUUGCAGAGCGAGCCGGUCGACAGUUCUCCCAGGAUUUGCACAUACAAUUAUCAAAACGUCGUACGCAAUGAGAGGAGACCGUGGCAGGGGCCGUGGGGGGGGCCGCUUCGGGUCCCGUGGAGGACUGAUCCAGGGGUACCGUCCUUUUGUCCCACACAUCCCAUUUGAUUUUUAUGUGUGUGAGAUGGCCUUCCCCAGAGUGAAGCCUGCUCCGGAUGAGACGGCUUUCAGUGAGUGUCUGCUGAAGAGAAACCAGGACCUGAGCCCCACCCCAGCAGAGCAGUCCUCCAUACUGUCCCUAGUCACAAAGAUCAACAAUGUCAUAGACAACCUGAUCGUUGCUCCGGGCAACUUUGAAGUGCAAAUUGAAGAGGUGCGUCAGGUGGGCUCCUACAAGAAGGGCACCAUGACGACGGGGCACAACGUGGCCGACCUGGUGGUCAUCCUGAAGAUCCUCCCUACAUUGGAAGCAGUCGCUGCACUGGGCAACAAAGUAGUGGACACACUACGCACACAGGACCCCACUGAAGUUCUGUCCAUGCUGACCAAUGAGACGGGCUUUGAGAUCAGUUCAGCCGACGCCACCGUCAAGAUCCUCAUCACCACUGUCCCCCCCAACCUGCGCAAGCUGGACCCUGAGCUCCACUUGGACAUCAAGGUGCUGCAGAGUGCCCUCGCCGCCAUCCGCCACGCCCGCUGGUUCGAGGAGAACGCCUCCCAGUCAACGGUCAAAGUGCUGAUCCGCCUGCUGAAGGACCUGAGGCUGCGCUUCCCCGGAUUUGAACCCCUCACUCCCUGGAUCCUGGACCUCCUGGGUCACUCUGCAGUGAUGAACAACCCAUCCCGGCAGCCCCUCUCUCUGAACGUGGCCUACAGGCGCUGCCUGCAGAUGCUCGCCGCUGGUCUCUUCCUGCCCGGCUCGGUGGGCAUCACGGACCCCUGUGAGAGCGGGAACUUUAGAGUGCACACCGUCAUGACGCUGGAGCAGCAGGACAUGGUGUGUUUCACGGCUCAGACUCUGGUGAGGGUGCUCUCUCACGGAGGCUACAGGAAGGUGCUCGGGCUCGAGGGAGAUGCCAGCUACCUGGCUACAGAGAUGUCCACAUGGGACGGUGUGAUCGUCACUCCGUCAGAGAAGGCGUAUGAGAAGCCCCCAGAGAGGAAGGAGGAGGAAGAUGAAGCUCUGGAGGAGGGGGGGGACGGAGAGGAUGAGAGCAUGGAGACCCAGGAGUGAAGUUCUACCACCAACAGUCAGCCUCCUCAGACAGGAAGACCUCCUCCCAAGCUGGCCGCAGUAACCUGGACAGAAACACCAGCAGGAAAAUGUUCCGUCUCCCGCUGGACUAAUUUUUUUUGUCUGUUUUUAUUAUGUUUUUACUCUCCUUUUGUUACAGUAACGACCUGAAUUAAACUUUGUUUGUUUUUAUUUA